GACACGCAUAGAACGAACUUGGUGAAUCGCCACCUCCGCGAAUCACAUUCUCCAGGAUAACACGAUGAAGACUUCGAGAAACAAUGACCGAGAGGGUGACUCUAACAACAUGUAGCUUGGCGAUGUACGGAUCCGAUACCUCGAAAUGGUUAUAUCUGAUUGCCAGACAAACACGCCCUCGCCCCGGUCCACGAACCACCAGGGCCAGAAGCACAACCAAAAUCACAUACAACAUCAUCAAAGUUUGAUCUUGACGAAUUCGUCAGGAGGAGCAAUCCAACGAGCUAGAGAUGUAGGCGGAGGGAGAGAGACCAGAUCCAAAUCGAAACGAGAGGCAGAAGCAAGUAUAAGUUACAACUAGGUUCAACAUCCAACUAUUUAUACUUGAAUUCGAUAUUUUUCCCCUUUUUUUUAGUUAUCUAUUGAAUUCAAAUAUAAACAUUUGGACGUCGAUUCACGUUCAAUUUUCGGUCAUACAUGAUACAUCACCUAAUAUAACCGAUUUUUGUCAACGACCUUUUUUGUUUUGUUUGAGUAAUUGGCUUAUACAACAACUUUGAGUAGUAAUAAUGGCCGACGGCGGCUAGUGAGACGCUUCGUGGAACGGAGGGAGGAGAAACCUGACUCUCUCAUUGCACUAUUAAUUUUUAAUUUCUCUUCCCUUGUCGUAAUCGUCGACCAACAUUGCCUCCGACUCCGAUCAUCGGCACUUCACUGUCGAUCAAUCAGACCAUGACUUGUUGACUUUCAACUUCUUCUCCCUAUUCUUCUUCUUCUUCAUCCCUCUCAAGAAAAUUAGCCCCAAUUUCCAGGCUAUAGAUACUCCCCAUUAAGGAAAAAACUCCCAUCCCAUUCAUGGCUGCUGCUCCGUCUUCUCCUCCAGCUGCAGCAGCUAUCAUGGGAUUCCUAUUUCUAGCACCACUACUUAUCCACUUCUCCACUCUCCUCCCCGCCGCCAAUUCCCAAAACCCAGAACCCACCAGCUUCACCUACAAUGGCUUCCACAAGGCCAACCUCCUCUUCGACAGCCAGGCCAAAAUCCUCCCCGACGGCCUGCUCCAGCUCACCAACCACACCCAGCUCGUCACCGGCCACGCCUUCCACCACCGGACCUUCAACUUCAACCCCAAUUCCUCCGAUUCCUCUCUCUCCUUCUCCACCACCUUCGUCUUCGCCAUGGUCCCAGAAUCGCCAGCCACGGGCGGCCACGGCAUCGCCUUCGUCAUCUCCCCAACCACCGACUUCACCCACGCCGUCGCCAGCCAGCACCUGGGCCUCUUCAAUUCCACCAACAUGGGCAGCGAAUCCAACCACGUCGUCGCCGUCGAGCUCGACGCGAUGCGCAGCCCCGAGUUCCAGGACAUCGACGACAACCACGUCGGACUCGACCUCAACACGUUGAUCUCCACCCCUUCCGCCCCGGUAUCCUACGUCUCCGACGCUGACGGAGUCAACCGCACCCUCCGCCUGCUCUCCGGCGACCGGAUCCAGGUCUGGAUCCGGUACGACGACGGGGAGAAGAGGAUGAACAUCACCGUCGCUCCCUUCAUGACAACUUCCAGACCCAAGAAACCGCUCAUCUCCACGCCGGUCGAUCUCUCCGCUUACCUCAACGAAUCGAUGUACGUUGGGUUCUCGUCGUCGACGAGCACCGUCACCAGCGCGCAGUACAUCCUCGGGUGGAGCUUCACCAAAGGGGAAGAAGAACCCCCGCCGCUGGAUCUCCGCCUCCUCCCCGUCUCCCCCCGGCCGAGCAAGCCGGCGAAGAAAUUAGGCACCGCGCCGAAGGUCUUCCUCGUAAUCUUAUCCAUCUCUCUAAUCGCAACCGCCGUCGGAGCUUACCUUCUCCGAUUGAGGAGGUACAGAGAGCUGAGAGAAGAUUGGGAGAAGGAAUACAACCCGCAGCGGCUCUGCUACAAGGAUCUCUACCGAGCGACGCACGGAUUCAAGGAGAAGGAGGUCCUCGGAUCCGGCGGAUUCGGGAAAGUGUACAGAGGAAUCCUCCCAAAGUCAAAGAUCGAAGUCGCCGUGAAACGAAUCUCACACGAUUCGCGGCAGGGGAUGAAGGAGUUCGUCGCGGAGAUCGUCAGCAUGGGGAGGCUGCGCCACCGGAAUCUGGUACAUUUGCUAGGUUACUGCCGGCGAAAGGGCGAGCUGCUUCUGGUCUACGAUUACAUGCCCAACGGCAGCCUGGAUACUUUCCUGUUCAAUGAUGAGAAGCCGAUUCUCGACUGGAGUUCACGGUACCAAAUCUUGAGAGGCGUGGCGUCGGGGCUUCUGUACCUCCACGAGGAAUGGGAGCAGGUGGUUCUCCACCGCGACAUUAAGGCCAGCAACGUCCUGCUCGACGCCGAUCUCAACGGCCGGCUGGGCGAUUUCGGGCUCGCCAGGCUCUACGACCACGGCUCCAACCCGCAGACCACGCACGUCGUCGGGACCGUGGGGUACCUCGCUCCGGAGAUGUCGAGGCUCGGGAAGGCCACCACGGCGACCGACGUGUACGCAUUCGGUGUGUUCAUGCUCGAGGUGGCGUGCGGGAAGCGCCCGAUCGACGCGCAGGCGCUUCCCGCGGAGGUGAUCCUGGUGGACUGGGUGAUCGACUGCUGGAAGCGCGGCGCGAUUUGGGAGGCAGGGGAUCCGAAGCUGGCAGGGGAGUAUGCGAGGGAGGAGAUGGCGGCUGUGCUGAAGCUCGGGCUGUACUGCUCACACAACAUGCCGGCGUUUCGCCCCAGCAUGAGGCAGGUAAUGCAGUACCUUGAUGGAGACUGCAACUUGCCCGACGUCCCGCUGGAGAGCUCGGGGAUCGGGGCGUUUGCGAUGGGAGGGAGGGAGACGUCGGAGUUCGCCAUGUCGUCGUUCCCUUCCUCCGUCGUCGUCGGUAAGGACUACACAACCGUCGGCUCGUUGUCGAGUACGGAUUCCAUACUCCACGAUGGCCGGUGAGACGCGACGGAGGAGGACCUGUGUCUGUGUGUGUGUCUCUGUCUACUGCAAUUUUUUUGUUUGAUGGCACUGAGCUUGAUUCUAUGUGUACAGAGUUUCGUACAUACAAAAUGAACCUCUUUAACGACCCCAAAAAAUAGCAUCACAGGAGAGAAGGGCUUUUUCCUAAGUCCUAAGUUCUGCACUAGCACCAACGCUGAGAUUUUUGUUCU